AUGGCGUCGAAUAUUCCUGCAAAGGCUGAUUACCUCAUAAUUGGUGGGGGAACGGCCGGUUUGGUGGUUGCAAGCCGAUUGUCGGAAGAUCCCAAAAUCCAGGUGGUGGUGUUAGAGAGCGGUCCGAAUUGCACUGCGGACCCUCGCGUGAAAGACCCAAACGCCUGGCCCACUCUGAGUGGCUCAGAGGUCGAUUGGAAGAUGAAGACCGUACCUCAAGCAGGUUUCAAUGAUCGGGAGCAAGAUCAAAUUGCUGGGAAGAUGUUAGGUGGAUCCUCGGCUCUGAACGGGAUGGCUUGGGUUCCACCCUCUCGUGCCGGGGUUGACGCCUGGCAAGCUCUCGGUAAUCCCAGAUGGAAUUGGUCAUCUGUCUUGCCCUAUCUCAAGAAGUCGAUCACCGUGACAAAGUCCGGAGAAAUCACCGGCAAUGGCCCAAUCCAAGUAUCUUGCCCAGCGCUCGAAGAGGGAACAAUCAAUCAACCUCUGAUUGAAGCUUGGAAUGAAGCGCUCAAGGGACAAGGCUAUGACUUUACCAGCAACAUCAUCGAAGAGCAUGAAACAAUUGGCACCCGCCCUUAUACAGCUACAAUCGACCCUAAGUCUCAUUCCCGUAGUAGUGCGGAUAAUACAUAUGCCCAGCAAAAGCGAUCAAACCUGCAAAUCAUCACGCAGGCAACUGUUCACAAGAUUGUUUUCAGCCCCGACUCCAAGGAUUCUCGGGCUCUUGCUACCGGCGUCGAGGUCGAAGUCAAUGGUCAGAUUAUCCAUAUUCAUGCAGAGAGAGAGGUGAUUCUCGCUGCAGGUGCUCUUCACACUCCGAAGUUACUUGAGCUAUCCGGAAUUGGACAAAAGGAUCGCCUGACUCAACUUGGCAUCCCCUUGGUAGUGGAUCAUCCAGGAGUAGGUGAGAAUCUCCAGAAUCAUAUUUGGAGCGUCCUGCCUACCGCUCUCAAGGUGGAAGGGAUUUCGCCUGGCAUCAAAGCUUUGGCAUUCACCCGUUUGGGUCAGGAUGACCAGGAGCAAAUUCUAUUGAAGGAUUCCGUGGAACAUUCUUCGAGCCGCAUCAUCAAAUCCAUUCUGCGAGAAUCUGAUAAUGCUUCGGCAUGUCUUGCCUUCAGCGUCAUGCCUGGAGGAGUCGCUCUCCUUAUUGCCCUCGCAAGCUUUCCGUUUUCUCGUGGAAACACCCACAUCUCAUCCUCUGAUAUCAAUGACAAACCUUGCGUUGACCCCCAGUUUUUCCAAAAUGAUAUUGAUAUCGAGAUUUUGGCCCGUCAUAUACAAAAUCUGCAACAGUUGACCCACGCUCCUGCUUUUGAGAAUAUCCUACACCCAAUCGAAGUAGCAGACUUGGAAACCACUAAGGAAACAUUGCGCGAGGCAUCUGCCUUGGCUACUCAUCACUCUUGUGGAACUGCUGCUAUGCUUCCUCGUGAAGCUGGUGGUGUGGUCAAUGAAAACCUUCGGAUCUAUGGAACAAAAAAUGUGCGAGUGGUCGACGCCAGUAUCUUUCCACUCAUUCCCCACGGCAAUCCCAUGGCAACUGUAUAUGCAGUCGCGGAAAAGGCUGUGGAUAUGAUGAAGGAUUCCGAUCUCUCCGAAGACUAG